UCAAUAGGAGAGAUGGGAUCGGCCGCAUACGUGGAUGUUCUGUGAGCAUAUGGAGUGGCGUCACGUUCAACGCGCAUAGUGAUAUGACACUCGCGCCGAAUGUGCCGUGAAACGCGGGGUGUACCGGCAUCUCGGCUCGCGUGAGAGACGGUCUGGUCGGUGCCAUCCUCUUGGCAGAGCAACAAUUGUGAAGUUCUGCCAAGAUGCUCACAGCCUUCAAAAAGCUGGUGGGCAACAGCGGCGAUGGCGGAGGGGGCGCCGCUGGUGGAGGGAAGCACCAGCCUCCAUCUGGCAUGCAAGCCAUGGAGCAAAGCCUGCAAAAGCGGUUUGCACGAGGUGUCCAGUACAACAUGAAGAUCGUCAUCAAGGGGGACCGCAAUGUGGGCAAGUCGUGUCUCUUGCUGCGCCUGCAGGGCCAAUCAUUCAAGGAGGAAUACCUGCCCAGUGACGAGAUUCAGGUGGCCAGCAUCCAGUGGAGCUACAAGGCCACUGAUGACAUUGUCAAGGUGGAGGUCUGGGAUGUGGUCGACAAAGGCAAGAAGCGAAAGCCCAUCAAGGGUCUGAAGCUGGACAACUCGAUCGCUGAUGCUCAAGGGGUACCUGAGGAGGCUGCAUUGGAUGCAGAGUUCAUUGAUGUCUACAAGGGCACAAAUGGAGUCGUCAUGAUGCUAGACAUCACCAAACAAUGGACGUUUGACUACGUGCAGCGCGAGCUGCCGAAGGUUCCGGCCAACAUUCCAGUUCUGGUUCUGGCCAACCAUCUAGACAUGAAGCACCACCGAAACAUCACCGAGGACCAAGUGCGCUUCUAUGUUGAAUCCGUAGAGCGGCCCUCGGGCAGUGCCCAGAUCCGUUAUGCGGAGUCUUCACUGCGCAAUGGUUUUGGCCUCAGGUUCCUGUACAAGUGGUUCAACCUGCCUUUCCUCCAGCUGCAGCGGGAGAGCUUGCUGCUGCAGCUGGAGCGUAACAGCCAGGAGACAAAUGCGACCAACGACGAACUGGACAUGCUGCAGGAAUCUGAGGAGCAGAACUAUGAGUUAUUUGUUGAAACCCUCAACAAUCGGCGGCGACAGAUGGCUGAGCAGCUUUCAUCUGCCUCCAAGUUUGCAGAGGCAGCUGCCGCUACGCCAAAUGGAUUGCCUUCCAGUGUCACCACAGCCAACUUGGCAGGAGAGGCUGGCCGGAGACCGUCCAUUGGUGCCAAAGUGGGACCAGCUCCCCCACGAAGUGUGUCAGUGCCCACAUCCCUUGGGCACGAAGCGCAGAAGUCCGCAGUAGGAGCUACGUUACACCCACUGCAAGCGCAACAGCAGCAGCCUCGGGUGCAACAAACGCAGUCGCCCAGGAAGCCUGCUGUUUCACCCACUAUUGAGCUAGGGCACCGCAUACAAAAAGCGUCGCCAAGCUCAUCAAGUACUGAUGUUGCUUCUUCUGCUAAAGCAUCAUCUGGAAGUGCACCCUCACCAACGGCACCUGUGGGCACACCAACAAAACAAGCUGCUGGCCUGAUGUCAAAACUUUUCAACAAGAAACCGGAGAGGGAGGACUGUGUGGUGGUGCAAGCUGAUGUCCAUGCACCACCACCAAUGAGCUCUUACACCAUGGCAGUGCGUAAUGUUGAUGACUUUGUGCCAGACGGGGAUGCAAGCUUUAACAGUUUUUUAGAGGAGCGUGAUGCUGACGGAGGUGCUGCGGUACCAUCUGCGCUUGAAGAAGAAAGUGCCAGCGAUGAGGAGGACUCUGGUGGCAACCCACUGGUCACUGGAUUCCAGGAUGAUGUAGACCCUGAGGACUUUUGUCCUGGUCGGGUAGCUGGCGACAUAUUGGCUUCUGCGAUGCCUGUGAGCAACAGAGACUCCCAAGACGAUGAAGAUGCUUUAUGCGGGGGUGGCGACUUUGCACGAGAGCCUUCAGAGGAAUCGUUUUUGUCAAGGGAAGAGAUUAGCCGAGAGGAUCCCGAUGGAACAUCAUCACCAGCUGCUCCUGAGAAUGCACCAACAGAGCCGACAACAUUUUGGAGCAUGCCCAGUGAGGACCUGAACUUUCUGGAAAAGAGAUACACUGCUCUUGCUCCACAGCUCGAUACAGCUGCUUCCGUGCCAAAGCAUCAGCAGAAGCCUAGUGGUGCUUCUGGUACAACCAGUGACACUCACGAAGACGAUGCUGCUUCCAUCACCAAGAAGAAGAAGCACAAGCACAAGUCCAAAAAGGAUGACACUGAAAGGAGCCAGAAGCAUAGAAAAGAGAGGACCAAGGACAAAUCGAGCAGGGACAAGGACAAAGGCAACGAUGAAUCUGGUGAUAAGGCUAAGAAGAAGUCUCACCGCAAGCAUCGCAAGGCAGUUGAGGAAAGCUCAUCAGAUGCAGAACGGCUGGAAGCUUUUCUGGGUGCUGGCGAUGAUGUCUGUGUAGAGCGAGCAGUUGAAGCGUAUGAAUCGUUGUGACAUAUCCACUUUGUACAUAGUGGUGUUGAAGUGUACCAGUGUGUGUAGAUUGUCAAUGGUAACAAAGCACAGAUAUGCGUGCUAUUGUAACUGCAGAAGGUGUACCAUAGAAAUAUCCUAUGGAUAUAAUUUGUUUGUGCUGAGACUACGUUAGAUGGCCUCGGCGGCUUCCUUUCUACUGAUGAUGCCAGUAUCAGCUUUACUGGGAUGUCAAAGCUGAUGCUAAGGGACUGGUGCCAACAGUUUGCUUGUACUGUUACUAUGUUGAUAUCACUAGUGAUGUAGUAAUACUCUAGCUUUUUAGGUAUUACUUAAAUUCGGCAGUGGUGCACAAAAUAUCGCCACGCGACAACUCAGCUGUAUCUGGUGUGCUUCGUCUUAGAGGAACUGUAUUUGGAGUUGCACUAAUGUCAUUCCUGUGGCGGAAGUCCAGAGUGGCACAUGCUUAGUGUGGCGCUGUUUUGUUUAUUAAACAUGCUGCUGACUUCCAGCAAUACAGUCACUAGUGCGUGAACCCUCAUGUGGCAGGUAUUGUUGGGGUUUGGAUAAGUGUUAUGAACCAUACUGUAGUGGUUGCUGUUAGUACUUAUAGCAUUAUAUAGACGGUAAAGUCAAAUAACAAUUUAUGUCAGAAUGAAAGCUUAAUGUAUAAGAAUGUCUAAGACGAUAUUAUCAACAGCAGUGCCGUACUAACUGAGAAAUUAAGGUAAAUGCACAAGAAUACAUGCGUCGCAGUAUGGCAUUCUCAAAAUAAUCCCAAUGACGUUAGACAAACUGCCUACAAUUAAUCACUAGUAAUCGAUCUAGCUCCACUAAAUAAAGAACUUUCUGCACAUCAAGAGAGGUAAUAAAAUGCCGCUUGUUCAUUUCUGUUUGAUUCAUGGAUAAAAGAAACGCCGGACGUCACUAUGGGGAAUGGCGCGAUUGGUUCAGAAUUGCAAUUUACGCCUGGUUAAACUGGACAGGUCGUGCCAUCUUGUGGGGCCCAGUUGAACCAGGCAAGCCUGCAAUUUCGAAGGCCACGGCUAAAAAUUGUUCAAUGGCCAUUGUUAAUACUGUGGCUCCUGCUACUUUCUCUCUCCUACUACUAUAGUGGCGGCGGCCGCGCAUUAAUGUUGGGCAACGUUGUGCAUGGCAACCGUUACGUCAGAUGUACUGCUGAGGCGGGUAAUCUGAAGUGUGCAAACCCCCAGAGGGGACCCAUAAACGCAAUUAUAUUUCAAAAUAAGCCCUUCCUUGGCACAAAGUUAUGCUACAAGGUUUCUAGUUUGCUAUUUCAACAAUCCACAUCAACUUAAUGGUCGCUUUUAGUGUCUCUUUAAGCAGUAAGAUUUAUACGGCAUAUUGCACGUGUCUGACAUGUGCAAGCCAACAGUGUCUGUGUUGAGAAACUAAUAUUUACUACUCCUACCACUUGUACUGCUGUAACUUGAAGGACUGAUAGUAAACUAUGUUGUUGGGCUUUGCUCCAAAUAUGCCAGAAUGCUUUUACAGAAUAAAGUAUUAAGUGAAAGACAGGCAUAUAAAUUGUUUCCACCAGUAACCUUCUUUGCAUUUCGUGCCCUGAAAGUAAUGUUCACUUAUGUUUAGGGAGCAUCAUAGACCAGCAUGAAUACAUACAUAUUGUUUUCCUCUGAGAAUUAUUGUAGACAGCUGACACUGGUUAAGGAUGCUGAUUUCCGUGGCAUGCUCUAAGUUGGCCAGGUACUGACUUGAAGACUGUGCAAUACAGGGGUUCUUACAUUCUGGGCUUGGAAAACUCCAACAGUUUCUCCAGAAUGCUGUAAAGCCUCCCAAUUUUCCCUCUUGACAGUGGUGUACUUUUUCGCACAAGGAACGGAGAGGAGCUGAUGAUGCUGUUGAAUUAUUAACAUAAGCAAAGUAUUAAUAACACUGCGUCGACCUAUUUUAUCCUUAAUUUCAAAAAACGUUGCUGUUGAUAUGAAACAAUAUAUAGAUAAUCGAUUUCUCUUUUCCUCCUCUCGCACUGCUUCGUGAAUCUUAAAGCGUCUGCCAUCUGUACUGCUGUUGCAUGCUUUUGGCACCGCACGUCUUAAACAGUGUCUUUACGCAAGCAAAGGUUUGGGUGUGCAGAAUUCUCUUUUAUUUCUUGCAAAAACAAUAUGAAAGAAAUGGGUCAGUCACACUAAAAAAUGGCCAUCGUUACACCAGCCGUUACGCUAGGAUGGAAUGUUAGUGUAGCUCACAGCUGCCACGAAAAGAUGCCUCUCAUGCUAAAUGCAACCACACUGCAACAGACAAAGAUAGGCAAGGAAUACACACUCAGCACUGUGUGUGUUGUUUUGUGUGCCUGUCCUUGUCUGGUGUGCUGUUCUUACGUUUACAUCUCCUCCCAACAUGCCCUACUUUUUGCCCAUAUAGUCUCUCAUGCAUUUGAAACUGUUCAUUGCACAUUUUGAUUACAAAGCCAAUGUAAUGCUAUGACUAAUCAGUUGUGUAAAUACUAUGCCGUGUGAACACAGAGGCCCUACGAGCCACAAAUAACACAUCCCAUGUGACCGUUAAUGGCACUUAACUCUUUCGUUACCACGCCUAAUCAAAUCGAUCACCGGUGAUCGACGCUUUUGGAUCGUCGAUUUUGGCAUGUUAAAUUUGUUUCUUGUGCACCCAGCACUUUCUAGUAGUUCAGGCACUAAACUUUCAUAAUCACUUCUUAUUUGCCCGUUUCGGCGACAUAGUGGUUUUUGACAGACAUUCGCGUGAACCAAUGUGCGUGUAUCGUUUGAAAAAUGCACUAGGCUAGCUAACUUGACAGAAGUACAUGCCCCUCAUAAUUAUAGUACAGUAACAUUGAAGUUCUGUAAUGAAAAGAACCUUUGCAAGCUGAACAUAAAACUAAAGUGUCAGCUUCGCAAUUUGACAAUGUUAGACAGUAAUUGCCAUAAUAAUAUGCCAGAUAUUCAAUAGAGAGCUGUUCCUAGGAGUCGGCGAAAAUUUGUUCUACAAAAAACAUGACGCGUGUUUGAAGUGUCAAAGUGACCUUAUAUGACCAUUUCCAGCAACUUCAGUUUUGCUUGUGUUGUUAUCAGGCACAGGGUUGCAUCAAGUAAUCCAAGUGCCAGCUUAAAUAAUCUGCACGCCAUUGAAAUAAUCUGAGCACCGAGCUAUUUAAUCCAAGUGCCAAACAUUUAAUCCAAGCACCAACUCAAUGAGGCCACGUGUCAGUGAGUUUAAUCCAAAUGCCACCGUGUUUAAUCCAAAUGCUAAUGACUUUAAUUCAAGUGCCAGUCAGUUUUAAUCCACGCACUAGAAACACAAGUUUGCCACUUUAUAGAGUAUAAAUGUCAGAAUAAUGUAAACAUGAAGUCACAUGAAGAACUUUUCCCUCACCUAUACAUGCUUGCGCUUAUGAAAUGAAGUGCGCAGUGCUAUUUCCCCCUAAUGUAUUGGUGUCAUAGCUUCAAAAUAAAAAAAAACAGUGUGUGUUAAUUGUAUUAACGGGUACUAAAUGUAUUUGCUCAUAGAGUCCGUGUUAGUCUAUGCUUCGUCGCUACUGCAUUAUUCCGGCUAAUCAUGUACACCAUCGCAUAUGCUUAGAUUCGUGUCGCCUGCUAAGCAUAUGGCUUUUGGCUAAUUAUUCCCUGAGGCAUUCGCAGUCGUCUGCUCAGCCCGGUGAUAACAACGGUGAUCGACAGAUGGUCACCAGGGCCUUUGUCAAGCUGUUCUCACAGCUUUUAGCCUUGGCGACAUUACAGUUUUUGUCUGGUAAAUAAAUAAUGUUUGAUUUGAUUUGAUGUUCAUUCAUUCUUGAAAUCGGAAACAACCAUUUAAAACUCAAGUUGCAUUUGUUUUGGUUCAUGUGGAAUUAAGUUUUUUAUAAAAGCAUCAAAGGAGAUACUCCUGUUUUCAUGUAAAAGACGACGCUAGUGUUCCUGAAGCGUGUUCCUGAAGCGUGUUUGCUUGAAACAUGCGUUCAUCGAAUACACAUAAUUUUGUUUGAAUAAACAGAUAACAACUAAUAUGAAUGUAAAAUAUGACUUCCAUUUUUUACAUCAGGAUAACGAGUUGACGUCUUAUGUGCACUGCAGAACGAAAGCCUCUUCGAAUUAUUUUCAAUUUGUUCUGCCCUGUGAUGACCCCCUAAUUUAUUAGCAUGUACCUGCUUUUGACUCAUUACUACCCACAGUUAAGUUUUUUAUAUCUUGUUAUGCAUCCCGGCACUCCAAUAACCAUAUUAUGUCUGCUGCAUUACAUGACCUGGCCCGGACAUGUAAUGCUAUACAAAUUCAAUUAUGAGCUUUGUUGACGAACACAAAAUAUUCUUGCUUUUUUUCUUUCGUUGCUAUUAAAAUGACUCCACCCGAGCCAAGUACUCAUCUACAAACUUGUACAUAGCGCAGUAUAAGCACUCCAAACACGGCUCAAGCGAACUGCGGCAGUGAUUUUUGUGUUCACGAAUACUAGCGGCGAUUACUAAUAAUAAUGAUUUAUUCUACCUUCCAACUAUAGUAUUUUAUAUUGUAGAAACUGCAUUUCAAGUGCACUGCCAUUUUUACGCCCCGUAUCGUGCUUUUUGUGCAUGGAUUAAACUGACUGGCACCUGAAAUAAAGUCAUUGGCAAUUAGAAUAAACGCGGUGGCACUUGGAUUAAAUUCACUGGCACGCGGCCUGAUUGAGUUGGCGCUUGGAAUAAAUAUGUUGGGGCUUGGAUUAAAUGUUUGGCUCAUGGAUUAAAGAGGUUGGCACUCAGAUUAUUGCAAUGGCAUACAGAUUAUCUAAGCUGCCACUUGGAUUAAAGUGAGCGGGAAAACUUGUAGUCGCUCCUAUGACGCCGUCUUCACGCGCACAUGGGUGUGCGCCAGCUCUGCAAAACUUGUGCACUUGUCAAAACUCUCUUCUUAGCCCACCUGAAUUGAGUGAGGACAAGCUUAGAGUUCGAAGAUGACAGCACCUCAGCUUCAAGUUUUAUGGCGAUGAUGUCUUGCUUGAGGCAGCCACAGCUGUUCUUGGGUUUCUUUUGUAUACAUCCUCAAGCUGUCUCCUCCGCCACAACUGCUUAUAGCUUCUCACCUUUGUGUACAAUCUUAUAGCUGCUUUGGUUACGUGCAUAGUGCACACUUUGCUGGUGGGGUGCUGGUGUUGGCUGCAGAGCUUCUCCCAACUACAAGAAGGCUCCCGGAGCGCAUCUUGGCCCUGACUACGGCGGAGUGCGAAACCUUUUAAAACUGCAUGCGAUAUUAUCCUUUUUUCUUUAAUACAAUAUGUGCGAAAACAAAAACAAAAAUGCUUGGAUGCAUAUAUGGGAACCCCAACUUAUGUGGCGUGAGGUGGGCUAGAUGAAACAGAAAAGUUCAUUGGGCACUUCAUUUUUAGAGCAAUUAUUCACACCACCGGUAGCCAUCUAUUUUGGAACACCUGAAGACUCUUAUCACAAGACAACAAAAAUUUACUGAGAAAAGAGUAUGAAUACACUUGUGUCUCACGAAAAACUAUGCAAUGCUUCAUCGCAUGGCAUGAGCAGUGGAGCAGCACCUCGGUUCUGAUUUUUUUUAUCUAUGUAUAAAGGAACAUUUUGUACAACAUUCAUUAUUUUUUUUACACUGUUCCUGGGUCAUUUCUCUACAAAAUGUAUGUUCUAAAUUUUAUUUGUUUUGAAUAUUUCUGCAUAUAUAGUGUUUUUAUUGCACUGUUCACCUUCUGGUGACCAAAAAUUCCACACUUUUCGCAUUUUUAUUCAUUCUAAAAUAUUUUUGUUGCUCUACAACAUAUAUUUUUUGGAAAGAGCUUUUUAUUGUGCAAAGUUUGGUAUGCUGUGGUGCGUGCUGGAGUACUUUUCUAACUGGCAAGAACGAUCUUCCUGAGAAAUACGAAAAACAAUCAUUUUCAGGUGGUAACGAAAGAGUUAAGCAGCGAAUCUCAUCUUUUGUUUUUUCUUUACUUGUAUGAUUUCUAAUUUAUUUCUAUGCACGUAUUACAAACUACACUUGUGGCCAGCAUCCUGUACGUGCUACCACCACAUGUUUGCAAACUGCACAGAUUUAUUUCAUCGGGCACACCAGAACUGUGAGUCUUGCAUACUACUGUUGCAUGUGUACUACUCAAAGACUCUCGAUGUGCGAUGUGCACAUGCAACGGCUUCGUUAAAUGCAAAAUGAAAUACUAAACCAAUAAAUAUGAUGUCGAUUAAGGUGAAACAGGGGCUGGUCAUAUUCGUUCUGACUUCUCACAGAACCCUGAAUUGCCCUUGCGAAACCCAGUUUGAGAACCCCUGAUGUAAUAUAGGGGGAGAAUGCAUUCAGUGUUCACUGUGCACUGUUCUGUUAUCAACAAUCGGCAGUUUACGAUCAUUCCUUCAAGUGGUGAUAAUCUUAUAACUCAUAUCUUACACUCUUAUACCCUUGAAUUUAUUGUUCCUGUCACUACACAGUACCUUCUGAGUAGAAGUUAAUGUGGUGCACUUCACAAAGGGUUGCCAUGAGCAACAUUUUAAUGGGAAAAGAUUGCAAAGGUAUGUUUUUAUAUUCUGUGUAUAACACUAAACUCAAAUUCGUCCUAUGCAUGGCAUGAGUUUGGUAUAGCUGAUUGGCUAUUUUACUGCAUUGUGGGCACUGACAUGGUGCAUUGUUUUAUUUAUGUUCCUUCAGUGACACAUUUUCACUGGCAGAGCUUUCACACUGUCAUGUUAUAGAAGGCUUAUAUUCGGACUGGGGGCACAUUUGUGUAAAUCCACUGGACGGUCUUGUAACUAUUUUAAAGCAUGUAACGGGACUAAAUAUUGCUUUCUGCGACAGUGAAACUAAUGGGUAGUGUUUAGCCUCAGUGUGUUGAUUUAUUAUCGCACUUUGCUAUCAUCAGGCCAAUUCUCUUCAUGAUUGAAUGUAAAUCAUCUUGUUUUUAUGUGCCUUUAUGAUCACUGUGAUGAGUACUCCUUAUUGAAUUCUAGCUUGUUGUGUGUAAGAGUGUCCUGUUAAUGGAAGUCCUUACAAAUAAAAAAAUCUCGAGGCAUCAUUCUGUCCUCGUAUUGAACAACUUUUCCUCAAAGUUUCCAUACACUGUUACUUGUUUGUAUUUUAUGUGUUUCAUACUUUUUUUUUAUUUGUAGCCCCAUAUUCUCAACCUUUAUAAAGCAUGUUUGACAACUUCCAGAUAACUUUUGUUGCAUUAUUCAUCAGUGUCAUACACUUAAUCACACCAGCUGGCCAGGAGUUCUUGUGAUAGAAAAUUCUGACAGUCACUUGCCUGGCCUGGAAAGUUGACAGGGUUGCUUUGCGAGUUUUCACUUGUAUAGAUUACGGGUGUGUGUUUCUUGCCUUGCUUUCCUAUUGAAAGUUUGAUUGUGUGCCUCUAUUUGUAGUGCACUUUAAUGUGUUACUAGUGAUAUUUCUUUGAAAUGACAUACAAAUGAAGGUUGGAGAUUAUGUGCUUAAUUUCCUUUACCUUAAUAGCAAACACUGAAAGCAUGUUGUGGUGGUUUCCCAAAAUGUUACACAGCACUUUCUUAUAUCUUAUGGUGCUGUUGCAUCAAUAUCUUGUUUUUUAUUGAAGGAAAAAAUGAAGACAUUUUUUACUGGUAUGCUGUGUUGUUUUAGCACAUGUUAUAUAUGCCUAUAUAUAUAUAAAAAAAGAGAAGAAGCACUUUCAAGGCUGAAAAAGUAUCUCAGUUAAUGUGUUGUUACCCAGCUGUUUUUCUAAAUCUGUUGAAUUGUCAUUAACUGUGAAGUGUUGAAAACAAUGCUGUUAAAGGAACCCAUAAACAUUUUAUUGGUUUCAUUUGAAUGCACAUAUCUUUAGCCAAACUCACUGUACACUUCAGUUGAAUUUACAAUCCAACUGUUUUCUAAUGAAUUAAAAUGAUUGGAUACAA